AUGGCUAUCCAAGUUCUUCUCUUUGUUGCCUUCCUUCUAUGUUCCUUUGCUUCCGGGAACGAUGCUAACUCAAUCCAACUGGGGUCCAGCAUCGUGGCUGGAACCAAUUCAUCUUGGCGAUCAUCUUCUGGGGAUUAUGCCUUUGGAUUCUACAACCUUAUUGGUGGUCGCUAUCUUGUUGGAAUCUGGUUUGACAAAAUUCCUGAUAGAACAUUGGUUUGGUCUGCAAACCGUGACAAUCCAGUAGAAAUUGGAUCUUCCAUCAAUCUCACACGAAGUGGCCAAUUUGUGCUCCAACCUCUCAACGGGACUUCAUUCCCCAUCUACGAAGGAACAAACACUGCAUCAGCAGUGAUGCAGAAUGACGGGAAUUUCGUCUUGAAGAAUUCACUUUCCAACGUUAUAUGGGAGAGCUUUGAUUCACCCACGGAUACUCUUCUAUUAGGCCAAACCUUGAAUACCAGUCGGAAGCUCUACUCCAAUGCCAAUGGAUCAGUUGACUACUCAACUGGACAAUACAGUUUGGAGAUUCAGCAGUCUGAUGGCAACAUUCUUCUUAAAGCUCAUCGCUUCACGGAUUCUGCCUACUGGUGGAGUGACACUGUCCAAAACAAAGGUGUGAGAAUUAUUUUUGAUAACAAAACAGCUUUUCUUUACGCGGUCAAUGCCACCCACCAAAUUAUAUUUAACAUGACCACAGAGGUAGAGGGUGCAAUUGAAGAUUACUAUCACCGUAAUGGAAAUGAGUGGAGAUCUGUGUGGAAGGCAGUAACAGAGCCUUGCACUGUGACUGCCCUUUGUGGGGUGUAUGGCUUUUGCAAUACAACUGAUUCUGAGAACCAUACAUACACCUGUGGAUGCUUACCUGGUUAUACUCCCUUGGAUCCAACAGCACCCUCAAAGGGGUGCUAUCUCAGCGAGGUCAUGGACUUGUGUGCUGCAAAUUCUUCUGCCUCUAACCUUAUGGUAGAAGUGAAAGAGGUUCAACAUGCUGAUAUACCAAACCAUGGCUAUGUUUUUUUUGAUCUACAAGUCUUAACUAGCAUGGAUCAGGAAAGAUGCAAGAAAGAAUUGUUGGAUGAUUGUCUCUGCAUGGUUGCUGUUUCACUUGGCAAUAAUUGCUAUAAGAAAAAAUGGCCAAUUAUAAAUGCCGCAAGAAUCUUCCCUAAAACUAGUAAUAGUGUGAUGCUGGUUAAAGUUCCUGUUGUUGCCAAUGAUAAGGAGGGAUCGUCUUUGGCUAUUUUGAUAGUGGCUCUCGUCUCUUGCUCACUACUUGCUGCAUUGUUUGUAGCUACUGCCAUUUAUCAUCACCCCGUUUGUCGGCAUCUCAUGCACAAACAAGCACCACCAAAGCCAAAGACAAAGCCUGUGGAUAUCAAUCUAAAGGUAUUUUCAUUCCAACAGCUGAGAGAAGCAACUAAUGGAUUCAAAGACAAACUUGGUCGAGGAGCCUAUGGUACGGUGUAUGUUAUUGCUCUCACUCAUCACAGAAAUCUUGUUAGCUUAUUAGGAUUUUGCAAUGAGCAGAGUCAUAGGCUUUUGGUUUAUGAGAAAAUGGAAAAAGGAACACUAUCCAACUUCCUUUUCGAUGAAGGGGAUAAACCCAGCUGGGAAAGUAGAGUGAGAAUUGUGGUUGAAAUUGCAAGAGGCUUGCUAUAUCUGCAUGAAGAGUGUGACCAUCAAAUCAUCCACUGUGACAUAAAGCCUCAGAAUGUUCUGCUUGACUCUAAUUACACUGCAAAGAUCUCAGAUUUUGGACUGGCAAAGUUGCUAAUGAAAGAUAAAACUCGAACAAACACCAAUGCCAGAGGGACAGUGGGAUAUAUGGCACCAGAAUGGCUCAAAAAUGCACCUGUUACUGCAAAGGUUGAUAUCUACAGCUUUGGUGUCAUGUUGUUGGAAAUCAUAUUUUGCAGAAAACACAUUGAGUUGCAUCAAAUUAAGGAUGAAACAAUGGGUGAUGACUUGAUACUAAUAGAUUGGGUCUUGUAUCUGGCAAAACAAAACAAUUUAAGAGCCGCAAUGAUUCAUCAUCUCGAAGUUGAAAGUGAUAUCAGGAGGUUUGAAAGAAUGACCAUGGUUGGAUUAUGGUGCGUAAAUCCCAAUCCAACUCUUCGACCAUCUAUGAAAACUGUGGUACAGAUGUUGGAAGGAAAUGUCGAAGUGGGAGUCCCAACAAUCAACUCAUAG